UUAUUUUACUUGUCACAUGCCUUCUACUGGGCCAGGUGAGCUUGUGUUUUGUGACGAAAAUCGAUCGAUAGUCGUCAAAACACAGAUGAGUCGUUCACCUACGACGUCGGCAUGAAUAAAUUCAUCCGAUAUUAGUCCAUCCUGAUCGCGAGCACGCAUAAAAAUACCAAAAAAACUUAUAGACAAACUGAUAAACCGCGACUUCUGUAUACGUCGUUACAAUGCAGAGCGUUAUCAAUUCUGUCAAAGGGACGGCGCUCGGGGUUGCCGAGUAUCUCACCCCGGUUCUGAAGGAGAGCAAGUUCCGAGAAACCGGAGUUUUAACCCCUGAAGAGUUUGUUGCUGCCGGUGAUCACCUUGUACAUCAUUGCCCUACGUGGCAGUGGGCUACUGGAGACCAAGACAGGGUCAAGUCAUACCUACCAAAGAACAAACAGUUUUUAUUGACUCGUAACGUGCCAUGUUCACGGAGAUGUAAACAAAUAGAGUAUUGUGAAGAUCAGGAACGUGUUAUUGAGGUAGACGAUCCUGAAGGUGGAUGGGUCGAUACCCAUCAUUAUGACUCGAGCAUUGGAGGAAUAGAUGAGAAAGUUACGGAAAUGACAUUGGAGGAAGGGCAGCCGGAGGCUGCUACUAGAGGUGGAGACACAGACGAGGAUGAUGAGGAUGAUGAAGAGCCAGCAGAUAUGGAGGCGUUCGAGGUCAGCGGUCUAUUGGACGAAGAUGAUAAGUAUACUUCGGAAUCGACACGAAAACCUGUUAAUGAAGAACGCGAUUCUUGUACUGAUGGUGAAAUCAUACAUACACGCACAUAUGAUCUUCACAUCACCUAUGACAAAUAUUACCAAACACCUCGGCUGUGGCUGUUUGGGUAUGAUGAGAGUCGCAAGCCACUGAGUGUUGAAGAGAUGUAUGAAGAUGUAAGCCAGGACCACGCGAAAAAGACUGUUACAAUGGAAACUCAUCCACAUCUUCCUGGUCCACCUAUGGCAUCUGUGCAUCCAUGCAGGCAUGCUGAGGUGAUGAAGAAGAUCAUAGAGACAGUAAUGGAGGGUGGGAGAGAACUGGGCGUUCACAUGUACCUAAUUAUAUUUCUCAAGUUUGUUCAGUCUGUCAUUCCCACGAUUGAGUACGAUUAUACACAGAAUUUUAUGCUUACCACCUCUGGAUAGGUGGAUGCAAUAGUCAGGUGAAAGUAAUGCUACUUAAUAAUAUUGCAAUUUCAUUUUCAAUUGCGUGUACCACCCUGACAUCGCGAGGAAAGAAAUAGCGUGCUGCCAUGAAAAUGGAAACCAAGUCAGCGUACCAUGAUAAGUUUACAAUUACAAUCCUGGAACCAUAAUCAGCUCCAUAAAUCUGAUUAAUUAAUACUCACCACGGUAAUUCGACGCCUAAGUAAUUAGCUUCUGGUAGAUUGCCUACUGCAAUGAGUUACUUCUUGCCAUUUCUAGAUUAAUACGAUCGAUUCUUUCAUCAAACCGAAUUACCCAAGCAUAGCUAAUUACUUAUAUUGCCUGGUAUUAUAAAGAUGAUGGCGAUUUUAAGCUCAUCAUCGAUACUACUGAUGAUUACCAGAUGAUCGUUAAGAAUACUUCGGUUUAUUUUUGCAGGUGGUAAAAUUCUGUUUGUCUUUAGUUUGACGAAAACUACCUGUGCACUUACAAAUAUGUCGGACUUCAGUACUAGAUUUAUCUUUAGGGUAAAUUGAAUAUGCAGGAAAUAACACAGAAUAAUAUUAAUCAAUCUUUUGCAUCUGCAAAUAAAUUGCUUUAAAAAUA